UGGCUCAAUGCUAAGCGCAGCACUACCUGGCUGACUUUACGCUAUUGAGAUUCAAACUUAAGGAAAUUUACAUUAUGAGAGAAGAAAUUGACAACUUUGUGAGUCAGCAGGUCAUCAGUGUCUGGGUGCGGGACCCGCGGAUACAAAAGAAUGACUUUUGGCAUGCCUACAUAGACUAUGAGAUUUGUUUACAUACUGACAGCGUGUGCUUCAACAAGAAGAUCUCAAGUGUGAGAAGGAGGUACAGUGAGUUCGUAUGGCUCAGGCAAAAACUACAAGCAAAUUCAAUGCUGAUGGUACAGCUACCAGAGCUGCCCCCCAAAAAUCCCUUCUUCAGCCUGAACAAUGCGCAACAGAUCACUGAGCGGAUGAAAGGGCUCCAGAAGUUUUUGGAACAGAUCCUCCAGAGCCCUCUGCUGCUGUCCGACAGCUGCUUGCACCUUUUCUUGCAAUCAGAGCUCAGCGUGUCCAAGAUAGAGGCCUGUGCUGCUGGAAGGACUCACUACUCUGUGGUCCAGGCGGUCCAGCGCUGCGGCCUGAGAAGAUUUAACUCUGAGGAAGAUCUGCAGAAGGACCUCAGCAUGUGCUGCACCUGUGACUUUAAUUCAGACAGCUCAGAGCCUCAGAUUAAAGAUUUGGCAAUAAACAAAGCAGAGAGUACAGCUUCGCUUGAUCUCAUAGGAACCAGCCAGGAGGAAACCCUCAGCUGCUCAUCUGGUUCUACAUGAGAAUAUCUUCAUAUUUUUUGUCUAUGCACUUGCAUCCUGAACAACCUUUUGUACAGGAUGUAAGGUGUGAAGAGGAAAGUUGCCUGUUACCCCCCCAAUACUGCACAUUUGCUCCUAAUUAUUAUCAUUAUCAUUUAGCCAUUUCAGUUUGAAACAUGUACACUAAAUUAUAAGAAAAAUGUACCAGUCCAUAAAGUGUUGUUUACCAGUAUGUUCUGUCUGCACACCUAUAAAGUGGUAGCAACAAUUUGCCUGAAGAUGGCAGUGUUGUUACAUCCAUCUGUUUGUAUCUGCUGUAACUGUCUAUAUUUACUUGAUAAACACACUCAACCAAG